AUGAGGAACCCCUUGGCAAGCGGCCCUUCAAAGUUCGUCACCGACGCAUCGGGACGACGGCGUGAGUUUUCGACAGCCAGACGCCGUGCAAUUUCUGUUUGCAUUCUUACCCUUACCUGUGUGCUAGGAUGGCUUGGUCCCUCGUCCACAUGGGCGUACAGCCGGCAGGUUCUCAACAUGAUCCAGGGCCACCUUGGCCAGCACGAGUCGCCCGAGAUACCUCUCAACGUCGAUGCCCAGGCGUUCAGGUUGGACUGGCCGUCGUCCCGGAAUGUGGCGUCCCAAACGACGACGCCGACGGCCGACAUUCCCUCGCUCGACUACGCCCUGUACCUGACGAACACGGUCAAGUUCCACCUGGGACAGACGUAUCACCUGUUCGACGAAGAAGGGUUCAUGGCGGGGCUGCACGACUUCUACCGGCGAGGCCCGAGUACGGAACCGCCAGCGGACGCACGGCUGUGGUACAUCCAGUUUCUGCUCAUCAUGGCCUUCGGAAAGGCCCUCCUGGUCCCCGGCAACCCGGCGCAGACUCCGCCUGGAAGCGGUUUGGUGACCCGGGCCCUGGAGCUUCUUCCCGACGUACAUGGUCUGUACCGGGAUCCUGUCUUGUCGGUUGAGAUCUUGUGCUGUCUUGCCUUGUAUCUCCAGUCGGUCGACCACAGGAACAGCGCAUACACCUACAUGAAGGCCGAGUUUCACAGAGUAACGGAAGGGAGGGAACCUGACCACAUUCAACCUCAGAUCGGCCAGGCGUUCCGGAUAGCCCUCACUCAGGGCUUGCACCGAGAACCUUUGCAGGGCCUGCUCAAUGACACCGAAGCGAACAGGCUCCGGUGCAUCUGGUGGACCCUCUAUAUACUGGACCGGAAGCUGUCGUCCCUCAUGGGUGCGCCGAACUCGAUCCAGGACAGCGACAUCACCGUCCAACUGCCGAGGUCGGACCCGGCAGUUCACAAGCACAAGGCCCUUGGCAUCCACGUGGUCCUCUCACAGCUGCUCGCCAAGGUCUUGAACACCGUCUACAGCGUCGAUGGGAAGCUGGACCCCUCGUUCCUCAAGAGUGUCCAGGAGGUCCUGAGAGACAUGGCAGCGCUCGCGCCGCAGCUCACGGCAGGGUUCGAGUUCAAGCUCAACAGCUCGGAACCUGCAUCGAGAGUGGCUGCGACUCUGAACCUUUGCUACCACCAGUGUGUCGUCCUCGCCACGCGCCCGCUUCUCAUGUGUCUGUUGCAGAAUGUUCUCGCACAACACGGGAGCACAAACCGAGGCCUCGCCAGCCCGAUCAAGGCUUUGUUGACGACCUCGUCAGAGUCGGCGAGCAAGUCGCUCCGCAUCCUGUCAGCGCUGCAGUCGCAGCAUCUCUUGGAAUCGUUCCUCCCCUUCGACCUGGAGCAGACCUUCUCGGCCGCCUUCGUCCUCACCUUGAUGACGGCGGUGCCCGGUCUCCCGACGCGGAACGGCGAGUACGUGCAGACGGCUUUCGGCAUCCUGGACACCAUGAUGGCGCGGGGCAAUGUGGUGGCGCGCUAUCGAAGGGAAGAGCUGGAGAAGUUGCAAGAAAUGCUGCGUCUCGCGCAGGCCCGGCUCUUCCAAGCAGCGCCGGCGGCUGGUGGAGACGUCAUGGACAGCACCGACAACCUCGGCCUCGACACGCAGUCCGCCAACGUAUUACCGACGAACCACGUAGGCCAAGACGUGCCAGGUGAGGGCGGUCCCGCCACCGGCAGCACAGCCAACGGCCUGGCGUCGGAGCAGAUGCUGUCGAUCGCCGGAUUGCUCGACUGGGAGCCCAACGUGGCGGCCCUCGAAGACGAUCAACUCGCGGGAAACUGGCUUUGGACUGACCCGAUCGCGCCCGACUUUGACUUUGGCGGCGAGCUGCUGUGA